AUGAUUGCAGCAGUGGAAUCAAUCCUUUGUCAGACGGAGGCAACGGAGGAGACUAAGAACCUCAUCCGACACCAAGUGUCGUCUCUCCUGAUGGCCCACAGGCCGCGGGAAGUGCUUUCCAAGGUGGAACGUGAUGCGCUUAGAGAACUCAAGGCCGACAAAGACCUGGUCAUCGUGCCAGCGGACAAAGGACGCGCCACAGUUGUACUGGACAGGACAGACUACCUUCAAAAAGCCAAAGGUUUGCUGGAGGACCGACAGUUCUAUGUCCCAUGUGCAACGAACCCUUUAAAGGCGCUGACACGCGAAAUUAAUGCUACGUUGUUGGCCUUGGAGAACUCAGGUGCAAUAACACCGACCGACAGACGCAUGGCGAGACCCCAAGAUACGGCUUUGGCCCGAUUCUAUGGCCUCCCUAAGGUGCACAAAGACGGCGCUCCUCUCCGACCCAUCGUGUCGCUCAAAGGGACUCCAACGUACGGACUGGCGAAGUGGCUGUUCCGGCGUCUCAAGUUCCUGACCGCUGAGUCAGACACCACGGUCUCUUCGUCAGCACGAUUCCUGGAGAAACUCAAAGGGGUAAGCAUCCAUCCAAAUAAGGUCAUGGUAUCUUUUGAUGUUACAUCCCUUUUUACUUCUAUUCCCCAGGACCUGGCGAUCGAGACAAUUGAACUGCUACUACAAAGCAAAUACGAUGAAACGGAGAACCGUCUUGGACACGCCCAAAUCCUUCAGCUCCUUCAGCUCUGUCUCAGGACGUACUUCACGUUCGACGGGACAAUCUACGAACAGGUGAAGGGCACAACAAUAGGUUCGCCGAUUUCGGAAUAUAUCGCCGAGGCGGUCCUGCAACGGUUAGAGUCGCUGGUCUUCCAACACCACAGACCGAAAUUCUGGGCCCGGUAUGUGGAUGAUACCUUCGUCGUCAUCGAACGGGAUCAGGUGUUGACAUUCCAAGAACAUCUCAACACCGUCUUCCCGGACAUUCAAUUUACGAUGGAGGAGGAAGAGAACAACCAGCUGGCCUUUCUGGAUGUCCUCGUAUGCCGCAAGGAUUGUGGUGGACUAAAGACCAAAGUGUUCAGGAAAGCGACAAAUACAAUGCAAGUACUGAACUUCAACAGUAACCACUCAAUCAGCCACAAACGCAGUUGUGUAAGGACGCUCUAUCGGCGUGUCGAAACGCACUGCAGUGAGCCGGAAGACAAAAUUGCUGAACUACAAUACCUCCGACGGGUCUUCAAAGCCAAUGGCUACCCGCGCAACUUCGUCGACCGGUGCAUACGCAAAAUGGACGAAAGGCCUAACCGCACGGACACCAAGUCUUGGCGGGCACUUCCGUAUGUCAAGAACGUUUCGGAAGCUGUCGGCCGCCUUCUCGCACCACUUGGGGUUGGAGUGGCACACAGACCGGAGGCAACCAUCAGGCGUCUGAUCAUGAAACCGAAAGACACACUGCCACGUCUAGAAACGUCUGGAGUCGUUUAUCGGAUCUGGUGCAGUUGCGGACAAAGCAACUACGUCGGAGAAACCGGAAGACAGCUCCGAACGAGAAUGGCCGAACACGCGGCAGCGGUGCGCAGAAAUGACGCCAGCUCUCAAGUUGCGGCUCAUUCGACGAGAUCCGGCCACACAUUUAAAUUCGAUGAGGCCGAAAUUCUCGCAAGAGGUGACAACCGAGUGAACCGAGUGAGCCGAGAGCUACUGGAAUCAUGGUUUACUGGCCCCCAGUCCAUCAACAAGUGCAACGAUCUUCCCAUUCAAUACGGCGUGCUGAGACUUCGUCUAGGCGGAGUAAUUGGCCACGCGGGGAGCGCACUGGUGAACACUCUUCCCAACACCCGGGUCAACGCGUCAGAUGGUCGAGCAAUCAUCACGCCAACAUCCAACGCACGUGAUGAAAUUGCGGCAAUUAUCGACUCGAAUGUCGGCCAUCAAGCAAUGAUCAGUGUUAGGGGGCGCUCACCGAUCGUUCAUACGGAACUGCUGCUGGUUGGGCUCGAGAGAGAGUCCAUAAGGCACAACGGAACGAGUGAGUUCCGUAUGAACGAUCGGUGA